CGCCCCGGAGCCGCGCCACAAAGGGCCCGCGCGCAGCCGCCGCCGCCGCCGCCGCCGCCGCCGCCGCGCGAGGAGCCAGGAUGGUCCUGGUCCACGUCGGCUAUCUCGUGCUUCCAGUGUUUGGCUCUGUGCGAAACAGAGGUGCCCCCUUUCAAAGGUCUCAGCAUCCUCACGCUACCUCCUGCCGCCACUUCCACCUGGGCCCCCCGCAGCCGCAGCAGCUGGCCCCCGACUUCCCCCUGGCGCACCCCGUGCAGUCGCAGCCGGGCCUCAGCGCCCACAUGGCCCCGGCCCACCAGCACAGCGGCACCCUGCACCAGUCGCUGACUCCGCUGCCCACCCUGCAGUUCCAGGACGUCACAGGUCCCUCCUUCCUACCUCAGGCCCUGCACCAGCAAUACCUCCUGCAGCAGCAGCUCCUGGAAGCCCAGCACCGCAGGCUCGUCUCGCACCCGAGGCGGAGUCAGGAGCGUGUGUCUGUCCACCCCCACCGCCUCCACCCCAGCUUUGACUUCGGCCACCAACUCCAGACGCCUCAGCCCAGGUAUUUGGCUGAGGGUACUGACUGGGAUCUCAGCGUGGACGCCGGCUUGAGCCCUGCCCAGUUCCAGGUGCGGCCCAUCCCUCAGCACUAUCAGCAUUACCUAGCGACUCCUCGAAUGCACCACUUUCCCAGAAACUCCUCCUCCACGCAGAUGGUGGUCCAUGAAAUCCGAAACUACCCUUACCCUCAGCUUCACUUCCUUGCUCUCCAGGGACUGAACCCCAGCAGACACACCUCUGCAGUGCGGGAGAGCUACGAGGAGCUGCUGCAGCUUGAGGACAGGUUGGGAAAUGUGACUCGGGGAGCCGUACAGAACACCAUCGAGAGGUUCACCUUCCCCCACAAAUACAAGAAGCGAAGACCCCAGGAUGGCAAGGGCAAGAAGGAAGAGGGGGAGGAGUCAGACACAGAUGAGAAAUGCACAAUUUGCCUGUCUAUGCUGGAAGAUGGAGAAGAUGUGAGGCGCCUCCCCUGUAUGCACCUCUUCCACCAACUGUGUGUGGACCAGUGGCUCGCCAUGAGCAAGAAAUGUCCCAUCUGCCGAGUGGACAUUGAGACACAACUGGGAGCCGACAGCUGAGGGAGGAAUUAGCCAGUGGACACCCCAUUUUCCUUCACCAGGUCCCCCCCACGGCCAUAGCCCUUGCAGCCAAACUUUGCCUUCUGAGCCAUUUGAUGUAGAGGAAAAGCCUGCAAGCACAUUUUGUGGAAAGAGGAGUUGGCGGUAUCAGUGUCUGAGGGAAAGGAGGGGUGGGGGGGCGACCCCCCCCCCAUCCAGAGCGGUGACUGCCCCCAUCCACCUCGCUGCGCGGGAGGGAGCUGGCCGUGCCCGGAGCAGGGGUGGGAAGGGGGGGCCCACGCUGCUGAGAAUCUGGAUGCGAACUGGAAGGUCCUAGCUGAUAGACAGGCCCCUCAAUCCUGUCCUUUGAAGGAUUGUGUAUAUACCUCUCGACCACGUAGAAACCAUGUAGGGGUCUCUAGCUAUUUCUGUGGAUGGCAGCCGGAGCAUGUUAGCUUAAGAAAAAUGUUGUGUGUGGUGCUCUAGUCAUCUUGUGGUGGACAUGUCGCUAUUACGAAUUCGCACCAAAUAUUUCUCAUUGAGUUCCUUGUUUUGGUGCCUGACUGAACCAACCAACGACAGCCCAAAUCUUCCCGUCUUUAUGAGAAAAAAGGAAAAAGGAAUCAAAGGUGAAAAAAAAAAAAAAAGCCAAAUCCUGUUUCUGGUGAAAAAGGAUGAUUUUUUUUUUUUUCACCCGGGUUGGGAGGCGGGAGGGGGGGUGGUUCUUGUUUUGUUUUUGGUUUUGUUUUUUCCUUUGCUUUUGUUUUUCUCAUGUUUACAGUGCACGGAGUGUGGAAGGGGAGCGUCUGGGGAAGGGAAGGGCAGGAAAAGGGGGAGACGGCGGCUUCGCUGGGCACCCGAGGGGCUCAGCCAGGGCGAGGAAGGCAGAGUUUGGGUCAGUGAAAGGGGAAAUUCUGUCUUGAAGGAGGGCUCCCCAGUUCCAGGGCACAUGCACUUAGUUCCAGCCAUGUCCCAGGUCCCACGGUCCCCUGUGGAACUAGGGUGGAGCUAGCUUUCCGCUCGAGUUGCCCCCGUGUUCCUCAGAGCCAGGACGUCCCUGUGUAUGCCACCUUCUUCCUUUUGGCUGUGUGUAUGCCCUGUCACAAAGAGGCGAUUUGGCCACGGCCUCCCUAUGCAAAAAAUUCACUGGAUGAUGAAGAUAUGAUAGGACAGCUGGUGGUGGACCCUUGGCCUUGGCCAAAGUGCUCUGGCUGGCACUCAGGGGCUGGGGUCAAACGCCCUGGACCUGGGGGAGGACUUCUGCUUCCUAUGGGAUGUCUCAAAUCCCAGUGGAGUCCCUCAGAGAUGGCCCUGGCCCCGAGACGGUGUCGGCUGGGCUUGGGAGGCCCUGUGUCCCUAGUCUCUGGCUCUUUCUGUCUUUGAUGACCUUGGGCAAGUCCCUCUAUUUCUCUGUGCCUCAUUUGCCUUCUCCUGAAAGGGGGAGAAAUGACAGUCCUCCCUAUCUCCACUCCUUCGCCCUCACCUACAUGUUGUGAGGACUGAUAACCAUCCAGUCAACGCAUUUGUGCUGUGUCCUGGGACCCUCCUGGGGGUUUAGGGAUGGGAGUGGUGAGAGACAGAGAUCCGGAAGUUCCAAGCGACACCACCCAAUGUGUCUUUCUGCACCACCCCGCGACUUUUCUGAACCUCAAAGGGAGCAGGGAGAUGGGAGGACAGAAGAAUGGAGAUGGGAAAAUCCACCAAAUCCCAACCCCAACCCCAACCCAGCUUUCUUUAUCCAUGUGCAGAACACCCCAGCCUAGCUGAAAUUCUGCUCUCUUCCUUUACCCCUCCCCCUCCCUUAUUUGCACAGCCCUUGAAGCCUCCCCCUCUCCUCGCCCCUCCCCCAAUCUCAAUGCCCUCAUAUCAGUAAGAGAAGACUAAGCAGGACAGGAUACUUAUCCCCUAUAUGAAGAAAUUCUGUAAGGUUAAGGGUACGACCAGUACCAAUGGGUUAAAAAUGACUGAGAGGCAGAUUUUGGCUUGAGGUAGAACCUUCUAGCACAACCAGAGCUGUCGGGCAGAGGCAUGGCUGUUCUGGACACCUGCAGGCACAGAAUGGGGAUGUGGCUUCUGGUGGAAGGGUUACUCAAGGAUCUUACUCAGACUGAAGCCUCUUCCAGCACCAAUACUCUCGUGUUCUAUAAAAUCUUUCCUGAGUGCCUGCUCAGUGCUGGGAGAGAGGACAGUGUCCCUGUCUUGAGGAGCUUACAGUUUAGCCAAGGAGGCAAGACACAUACAAUAGCACAAAAGUGGUGAGUCACUGACACAGGGUUAACAGCAGCGAGCAUUACGUCGUCCAGUUCCAUAGUUCAGUGCAUGAACUCUCUCCAGGGCUGAAGGCUGGAGAACCCACCAGUGCAGAAAGUGCUUCCCAAUCAGGAUUUGGGGGGGAAAGCUCAUCACUAGUAGCCACAGGAAGCUGGGACUUCUCCCCAGCUUGCUUUGGACCGGGAGGCAGCCAGGGUGGUCUAGGGAAGGUCACUCCCCUCUUAGUCUGGGACUCUUGUUCUCUCUGAGGCUGGUUCAGAAGGCUAGCAAGUAGAGGGAGUCGGUGCGGAGCCAGAUGGCACGAGGGCUGGUGUCCUCGGGUUCUAGUCUUGGCUCUUCAGUGACCAAGCGCGUAGUGCUGGAAACCUCCUUCUCUCUGGGCCUCAGUUUCCUCAGCUGCGACGCAAGGAGUCUGGAUUGGAUGCUUGCUAAAUUUCCUUCUGACACUCACAUUCUCUGAUCCUCCCUGACAUCAACACAUCCUUCAAGUGGUAGGGCCACGUGCCCACCGAGCUGUUGAAAACAACUUCCUGUGGGCACCAACAUCUGUCUCAGGGGCUGAGAGUGGGAGUGCGGUCCCCUCCUCCUCCCUGUUCUGGGCACGCUCUGAGUGCCCCAGGCCAACACUAGGCACUAACUGGGGUGGGGAUCACCCAGUGGGGAGAGGUCAGCCGCUGACUAUGGGGGUGGAUCCUGAAGCCCUCCUCCCCUCCCCAUCUGUCUGGGGCCCUCGCACCUUGCAGGGGGGGCACAGGGGACAUGGACUCAGGCUCCUGCCAGCUCCAGGCUCCUUAGCCGGGCAGCUCUCUGGAUGAGAAGACAGGAGAGGGGUCUGUGCUUCUGCUCCCUGGAAGCCCCCUCUCCCUCGCCCAGGAGCCCGGGAAGACGGAGAAGAGGCAGGCUUGGGCCUCAGCAUCUUGUACCCACCACCUCCGGGAGGGGAGACCCCCGGUAGUCCUCCUACUGCUCAACUCAAGGGACUCAGACCCUUUCUUGACUGAGACGCAUGAGUGCCUUCUGGGGUGAGAGCCACCCCAGGAUUCAAGUUGGGCCUCCCAGCCGCAGUGUAGCCCUGGCCGCAGCGGGUUGCAGAGGACGCCAAUCAGCGAAACCAACGCCACAGCCACAGCCACAGCCAGCGCCGGCUGGCGCCAGCAGGGGGGCAGGCCAGGGCGCGGGGCUCCUCUACUGGCCCGGACACCUGGCCCCCGUGGCCCUGGCCCAGCAGUCGUGACAGGACUCAAGCUACUCUUCUGCAAAUGUCCCAGCCUCCCUGCAAGUAUUCUCAACUCUUUACGCCUAAUGAACAAGCACAGUUUUUUCAAUGGUGAAGAAAAAGCACCAGAUCUUUUUUUCUUUCUUUUUUUUUUUUUUCCUGAAGAAAUCCCCCAAGCCCCCCGCCCGCCGGCGGGACAAACACUCCCCGCGUGGGGCUGUAGCAACGUCUGUCAGGUCCCCUGUCGUGUUUCAUCUCCUGCGCGUAGAGCAAAUGCUAGAGCGAUUUCAGCUGAUAGAAAAACAAAAAUGAAAAAAAAAAAAACACAAAAAACAAAAAACAUGGCACGUUGCUAGUUUACAGGGUUUUGUGAGUUUAAAUGCCUUAUAUUUAACAAUCAUAAUUUAUGACUAACUUGUAGAUAUCGUGGGUUCUUAUUUAAUUAUUUUUAUAGUUGUUUUGCAUUUUUAAUUAUAAUUUAUUUAUUUAGAAAGGAUACUAAUUUUUUUUAUUACUCCUAUUACCUCAUUUUGGCGUUGUUUCUGGGAGUGGAAUGCUUUGCAUGCAUUGGUACGAUGACAAACAACUAUGAAUACGAAAAAAAAAUUUAAAUAAAAUUCCGCGAACUUUAUUUCGUCCAAACUAUCAGGGUGUGUGAUUGCAAGCUGUCCUACUGUGGUGCUGGCCUCUUUGGAUACAUUCCAUACAAAAUGCAAACCUUUGAUUCUGUAUGCUGUGACCUAGUGAAAAACUCCAAUAUAGUGACUGUAUUUAGCACAUAUAUAAAUAUAAUUUGCACUCGUCA